AGAGGGUGCCCGGUGACUGAGUGCACUUCCGGGGGCGCCUCCCCCCACCAGACAGCCGGUUCCGGCUCUGCGCAUGCGCGACCGACCGAGCGCGCGGCCCGCGUUUAUAUAUAUCAUUCUUGGUCGAUGCCAUGACCUGGCUUCAGUCGUUCCUCGUCGUCUGACCGAGUAGCACAUACAGUCGCAGCAAGCUUCCGCAUAUCUCGAUCUGUUAGUAGUACGCGGGUGCCGAGUUCUAUCAGUUUCUCCAGUACUCAGUUUAUCAUUUAUUUCGACAUCAUGGGUCCCAAAACACUCGACCCCACUGGCCUGUACUGAAAUCGCCAACACUCGACAUCUGAUAUUAUUUCGUGCACUACUUCAUCAAGAACGACAGCAACCAUCAACAUGACGGCAACAUCAUCAGCAAGGACUGCUCCCUCGGUGGAACAGCUGGACCCGACCGGACUCUACUGAGUGACCACUUGACGACCUCCCCGAGGAACCUCCCUCACGAGGAUGAAGAAGAAGUCGACGACGACGCCCUGGCCCUAUGUCUGCCGGCGCCGAUCCAACAAUAUUUGGAGGCACCGAGGAUUGAGGCCAUUAGUCCAUCAACGUGAUAGCUGCUCUAGUGCCGCCAUUAUUGAAAAUAAGACUUUGAGGUUCAACCUCAAGAUGCAGAAAAGGAAUAGGCUUUUCACAAAUAAGGCCAGUCACACCAACUGGUUGACGCAGAGGCAUAGGUUACUGUCACUGCCCCCACCUGUCCAUUUACUGCCAUUCAAGUUGCUUGUGCCAGUCAACUUGCCUAAGUCAGUUUUCACUGCCCAAUCGAUCUUCGACUAUUGAUUUAGAACAAUCGUCCACUGCCAUUGCCACUAGCCACUUCGCAACGAAGAGUCCUCUAUUCGGUAGAGGGUUUAUAAUAAUUAUAUGACAUUAUUUUUGCGUCUUUGUGUUUAUAAUGUAUUAAAAAAAUCUAAUUUUAUUUAUUAUUUUGAUACAGUAGCUUUAGAAGUGUCAAUGAGAGUUUCGAUACUGUGUUUAACCUUUUAUAAAAUUUUACGAUACGAGUAGUUAUUGUCAUUCAACAUAAUACAAUUUUAAAACACAAUACAAAAUACUGUUUAUAUUCGAUUAGGUUUUCUUUGUCGAGCUAUUGAAGAAGACUUGUUGGUAGGUACUUCCUCCUUGUGAUCAUUUUUUGACCAAUUUUCUAUUUUUUUAAAACAAAAACUGGUGCCUUAUGAACAAGUUUGACGAAUUUUCUAAAGAAUCUGUCAUUAAGUAUGAAAAGCAAUAUGGUGUGUAAAUAGAAAUAAAAAUAAAAAUCUUAGUACCCUUUUUUGAUUUAUUUAAUCUCAACAUGUUUCAACAUUGAAGUUUUAUCACUUGAAAAUGGCAUCAAUGUUGAAAAAUGUUGUGAUUAAAUAAUUCAAAAAAAGGGUACUAAGAUUUUUAUUUUCAUUUAUAUUUAUAUUCAAAGUAGCCCUAUACAGAAAAGAGACAAUAUGGUAUGUCUAUGAUUUCUAGUUUGUAGUGUUCAGAGCAUUCUAAUUCAGCCAAUAAUAAAACUCUAAACAUUAAGUUGAAUCUGUUACACGAUUUCUGUUGGAUAUCUGAAUGGUCGAAGGACAUCGAAUUAACAAUUUGUUCAUUUUAAAAUCUUUGAGUUGGAUUAAUGUGGAAAUGUCACCAGAUAUCGUCGUAUCCUCAAUUAGCCUAUAACAAACCAUUCACAUUCCAUUCAUUUUCAUGCCAAAUAGAUAAAGAAAUCAUGAAUAAUGACCAUGAAUAAGUUACAAUUUGUUUCAAUACUGUUUGCUAAAAUAUAUGCUGCACUUUUCAAUCAACUGCUUUGAAAAUAUACUGAUACAGGACAUUUUUGAAGCGUCCUUCCACAGUACUGAUAAGAAUUUUUUUGUUUUGCAUUUCAAUUAUAAUAAAAUAAUUGUCAAGUCACAUGAAUUAUAUGCCAAAGCUUCCCUUGAGACUCUGUGAAGUUCACAAAUUAAUUUAACACUAGAACAUUCCAACUUGACUCGAAUUAUUUUGCCAAUUGAAUUGUAAUAAUUAUAUAAUGUAUCAUGAAUAAUCAAUCGUUUAAGGAUUCAAUUUUGGAUCAAGGAAUCAUUUUUUUAUUGCAAUAAUUUCCAAUCUAUGUAUAUUUUUCCUAAACUAAUCAAACUUAUUGUUAUGAAAAACGUUUAUUUUCAAUUAUCAUAUCAAAUUCGUACUUACAGUUAUAAAAAUAAGUACUUUGCCCUUCAUCUGCAUUAUUUAAGAUACAAGAUCCAGUAUUCCUUGAAAGUUUAUUAUUAAUAGUCUAGUUUUCCCCAAUAAAAGCGUUUUUAAGUCACAUACUGCCAUUGAUUACGACUAUAAUAUAAUCCGCAAUAUUUUAUUAAGUGUUUUGAUUGGGUAAUGAAUUAUUGUUUAUUGCAUCUUUCAUUCAAACUUCUAUUGAGAUGUUCAACCUCAAUGCAUUUAGUCAGUCAAUGGAAUAUUUCACUGCCUUUUACUAGUUGAGUAAUUUUAACGAUAAUGUAACUGGUUUUCAUUUAUAAAAUUGUUAUAUUUUUUUGUUCGACUGAGUGUUACAAUAUUCAUCAUUCAUGAAACUUUGUAUUUUUGUUAUAUUAGACUCUGAUUUAGUGAUUUUGUAAAAAAUAUAAACUAUGUUCACAUUUCAAUGUAAGGAAUGUGUAACAUUCAAUGUAAUUGGUUGUGGUAAUACAAUUACAUCGAAUAUACUCUAAACAAAAACAUUUUCAAUGACAAUAUCAUGUUAUGCCCAAUGGUUACCAUAGUCUUGCUGUACUCCUGUGCUUAAGCUUGCAUUAUUUCCUAAACAAGCCGUUAAGCUUCAAUAUUUUUACAUACACAAUACUAUUCAUAAGCAAUUGUCAUCAUUCUGCAAAGCUAUUAGCAUAACAAGAUUAUAACUAACAAUCAUUUUAGUACGAUAAUUUAUUUUAAAAUUGAAAAGUGAGGUACCCUAUAAGACCUCUAAUAAGGUGACUGUGCUAAAUAAAAUCCAUAUGCCCCUACAUUUUGGUGGGUAGGCAACCUUCAACAUUAUUCUCCAUCGAGUACUGGUUGAAUCAUGAAUCUUCCAUGAGGUCCUCUCUCAAUUCUUUGCUACUACAUAUUUUCACAUCUUUGGACUAAGAUUUGAAUAUCCCAAUUUUUUUGAUAACUUUCUUACUGCUUAAAUCAUGAAUAUGUAAUCUUUCAUGAAGUUUUUGAAGGGACGGAUUGUAAGAACCAAAGCAGAGAAAACUUCUAUAAUACUUCUAUAAACUUCUAUAAUACUAUAAAACAUCUGCUAUAUUUGUAUUCUGUGAUCCAAAGGUUCAAAGAACCUCACACGUCAACCGAAGCUUAUUGUGUGUAAUCUCUAUGAGUUACUCUCUCAAUUUUAUAUGACUGACUUAUUGUGCAAUUUUUCUCGUUCAUUCCAUUUCUCACAAACAAAUAUUACUUGUUAAAAUAACUGAUUCAUUGUUAUUGUUGGGUCCAAACAUUUCACAGUUAAAUGAAAUUUGUAACUUUCAAGAUUCAAUCAUUCGAUUUAAUUCCAAUGAAAUACUGACAUAGAAUUAUUUUUUUAAAUUUAUUUGAAAUGUGUUUUAUUGAAACUUUGUUAACUCCGUGAAAUGUCAGAAUUUCUUAUAAUACUCAAUAUUUUUUAUUGUUGUACUAAUUACUCCCCAAUUUGAAAUCAGUAUCCACAAAAUCUUCAAAGAAUAUAUGCUGAAACCAUUGUUAGUUGCUAAAUUAAUAUAUGACUCGAUUUAUAGUUAACGAUAUGUAGCUUAAGUCUGUUUAAUUGCGUUGAUUCUAUUAUAGUUUGAAUAUAUGUUAUUUUUAUUGAAUUUUCUACUUAAUAAAACAAUUGAAUAUAC